UCUCCAGGAAGUACCAACGUUGUCUUGAUAGCGCCAUUUUCAAUCAUGAUGAGCUGGACGGUGAAGAGUUUGGUGCUCCCCAUUGUGCUGCUGUGCAUGUGGCGGCUGCAGGAAGUAGCCCAAGCCUGCACGUGUGGUCCGGCGCAUCCACAGACGGCGUUUUGCCAAGCAGAUGUUGUCAUCAAGGCAAAGGUGCUAGCAAAGAAUAAUGUGAUUGGACUUGAUGAACCCAUCAUGUAUGACCUCAAACAAAUCAAGAUGUUCAAGGGCCCUCGCAGGGAGAUCGAUGCCCUCUACACUACAGCCUUCUGUGGAGUGACUCUGACCAAAGGCAUGCAGUAUCUUAUCACAGGCAGACUAACACCUGACGGUGCUCUGCAUGCUAUCGUGUGCGACUUCAUUGUGCCCUGGGGCGACCUGACUGCCUCCCAAAAAGUCAACCUGGCCCAGCGCUAUCAAAAGGGCUGCGAUUGCCGGAUCACGCUCUGCCACAUGGACCCCUGCAAGAGGAGCAGCCCGGCGGAAUGCUUGUGGACUGAUUUUCUGACUUACCGGGGAAAGAACGAGCAGGCUAACCAUUUUGCUUGUGUGAAGAGAAGUGAUGGCUCCUGCGUCUGGAUCAGAGGGACCCCGGACAAAAACGGCAAAGUCAAUGUUAAAAGCCGUUAACGCUGC